AUUAUACGUCAUUGAGGUGCAUUUGUGCGAUAGAUUAUUAAAUUAACCAUGCUAUGCAGCCACAUGAAAAUCUUACAGAUAUAGCAAAAACAUCAAUAUUCAAUCAAUAGAGGUUUAAAUAUAUUCAGACGAGCUUCGUCUGUCAUUGGAAGGAGCAGCGUGGACAUUGGAAUUCAGCUGAAGAGUGACUGCCGCUGAACCUUGAUGGGCGAAUCAGGGUCGCGCCGCUCUACGCUCGUCUCCAGGCUGCCCAUCUUCAGGCGUAGCGUAAGUAAGAGGCAGGACUCGUUGCCCUCCUCCCCAUCCUCGGCCGGCGUGGGCAAUGGCGUUCACACCUCGUCCCCCUCCAGCACCAACUCCAGCAACAGCAGCACGGGCAAGCGCCGCAGCCUGUUCCGCACGCCCUCCAUCAGCUUCAGCAGCAAGAGGAACAGUGAGCCACCACGCAUCCAGACCCCUCCUCUGGACCCAGCCCAGGACACCAACAGCAGCCAGAACAACCCUCCGCUGGGCUUCCAAGAUGGCGCUGUGCUUCCACGGGCCAAGACGCGCCACUCCUUUGGCUUUGGGGGCCACCGGCAGAAAAAGAUCACCCGCUCGCAGACUGAAGACUUUGAGAAGGUGACCUCCACGGUCAAUAGGAACGUGUUCAUCAACUGCAUCAGCUCAGGUACCAACGAGGGCGAUGACUCGGGGUAUCUGGAUGACUUCAGCGGCGAAAGCAAGCGCUCGUACAGGCAGAAGAAACAGCUGCUGCCCAAGUCCUUCUCUGCCCACCACCGCUUCUCCAAGAACUCUGAGCAGUGCAAGCCCCCAGUGGUGAGUGUAGUGCCCCCGACGUCAGAGGGUACCCCGGGCUCGUGGCCAGGCGAGCUGUUGGGGGAGAGCUCCCUGCAGUCACCCAUGUUGUCUGAGGACCGCACCACAGCCCUCACCCCCUCUGAGUUUAAUGUCCCCAUCACAGAGGACUCUGUGUCCGAGGUGGAUGUGCUGCUUGCCCCCAGCCUCGCCGCCACGCCAGAUAACUUCAGCCACGUCGUCUCUACCUCCCAGGUGUUCUUCAUGCCUGCCCAAGCUGCCACAGACAAGCCCCUUCUGCCAGACACCAGCACCGCAAACACCACAGAGUGUGAGACUGAAGUCCCUGUCACAGAACCAGCAACAGCUGCAACACCACCAAUGUCACCGGAACAACAAACACAAUCGCAGGAAGAGAAGGAAGAAGAGGAAGAGAAGAAGGAGGAUGUUAUGAUGGUGGAGGAGGUCAGACCAGCGCAGACAGAGACUAGUGAGAGCGAGUCAGGCCCAGUGCGUAGUAAAGGCUACCAUUCCAAUCCAGAGCAGUCUGAGAGGAGGUCCAGGAACACAGUGUUCAUCCAGGAACCAGGCAAGGGAGCGUGCUGCGGUAGACAUGAACCCAGGUCAUGCCACCUGAGGAAACCCCACACAGUGUCCAUGUGCAGCAGCAGCGCCAGCCCCUACCACGAGGUGAUGCGCAUGGAGCGCCGGCUACGUUCCUCCUCGGAGGGUGCCGGGGGGCCACGGGGGCUCCACCUCAACCUCAAAGAUCCCCAUUGCACUGCCGAGGGGCGCGUGCUGCUGAAACAGAGGACCAACUCGUCGUCCUCCAAGCUUGGCAGCCUCGAUGUACUGAACAAUCUGGGCUCGUCUGAGCUGGAUGAGGAUGACCUGAUGUUGGACCUGGACCUCUCUGAUGACCAACGCCAGCGUCACGUAUUCCGAGAGGACUCCAGCCAGUCCCUAGCCUCCUGCCUGAACCUGAUGCACUCCCCACUGGAGCCCAAUGUCGACAGGAUCCCUGGCAGGGAGCCCAGAGACACCACCACCAUCCACAGGGAGCCUUGCCGGCCGACCACCCUGCUGCCGGCUGACUGGUGCCUGGGCCGAGAGGACGAGGCCCCGGGGCUGGAGGCACUACCCCUCAGGCUGAUGCAGCAGGACUGCACUUCCGUCAAGACCCUGCUGCUGCGCCUCCGGAGGACCCUGCAGGAGAGCACUGACACAAGUCCUGCAGGCAGCCUUCAUUCUCUCCCCAUCAGCCCCUGUAGUGAGAAGACGCUGCCCCUAAAGGAGCCGGGGAGGGAAGAGGCUCUGCUGCUGCAGCUGAGGGAGAAGGAUGAGCUGAUCUUCCGACUGCAGGCUGAACUGGAGUGUGCCAAAGCUGCCCUGAAGCCCACCUGCCAAAAACCUGACCGAACUACGCAGACUGACCCUCCUGGACCAGAGAACAUCCAUCCAAGCCGAGCAACAAGCCAAAACAGUACCAGCACAAGAGACAGAAGGGUGGCCCGGUCUCUCAACGUGGACCAAUAUAGCCGUGAGGUGGCUGAGCGCUCAACUACCAGUGACGUGCGCCACUGCCCAACCCAAACCCCGCCCCCACCCCUUUCCUCCAGUGGGCCCGUGGGAGGCAGGGACCCUUCAGGGGCCCCCAGGAGACCAGAAGAGGCUCUGUCCUCAUCAUCAGAGGCAGGGGCUCUCAGGAAAAGUGAAUACCCAAACAGCCAGAUCCCCCGGGCGAUGGGGGUGGGGGGCAGCAGCUCCAGCCUUCAGAGUCGAGACAGCCCCUGCCGAAGCUGCCUCUCCUCAGACAGCGAGAGAGCCCCCGUGCCGAGCCCCUGCCAGCCUCCUCCUCCCUCCUCCACCACCACCACCUCUUCCUCUUUCACGGGCCGCCUAGGCCAGCCCCCCAGAGGGCCCUUGUCCCUGCACAUGUACAGCCGCAAGAACGUCUUCCUGCAGCACUCGCUCCACACUGCUGAACUGCAGGCCUUGGUCCAGCAUAACGGCUGAGGCGCAGGCCGCACACACACACACGCACCUUUCACUUUUCCCAUAUACCCUAAACAUAUCAUUGAAUGGACACAUCACCGUCUGAAUCAUGGAAGUGAAGGUAAUCUCUGGAAUUUAUACAACAAUCAGUGUCAUAACUCCCAAGCAUCUUCCCUUCACCUCAAAUCCAACCCAUUUCUUUCAUCUCAUUCUCUCAAACCUAGCUCCUCCUGAUCAGAGUUUGCUAUGACAGACACUUUAAAACUAUCUAGAUCACAUAAUUGGGACAUUUGCUUCUCUUCUUAAACACGUAUUUUGUGUUACACUGUCAUUCAACCAGACCUCCAAACAGUACCUCGCUAGGUACAUGUCUAUAUGCGUUUCUUUGGUUCUGUGCAUUGGACCAUUUUUACAUUUUAUAUUACUGUAGAAGGCUGAUAGAUGUGCUCACUUGAACACACACCAGUCAGUCAGCCUGCCUGCUAGCAUUAACAAGGCACUCGUCCAUCUAUCACAUUAGAUUAGCACUGAAUGUUGAGCGUUUGCUUAGAGGUGCUAAUGUCCACACAUGCGUGAAAACACACGCGCGCCAUAGGGAAUUAACUAAUGUGAGAGUUGUAGUUACAUUAGCAAAGCUGAACAUGACCAAACCAUGCUGCUCAUUGCACUGACAAUGUGACCAACAUAAACUACAUGCCCAAAAGUAUGUGGACACCUGCUAGUCGAAUAUCUCAUUUCAAAAUCAUUGGCAUUAAUAUGGAGUUGGUCCCCCUUUUGAUGCUAUAACAGCCUUCACUAUUCUGGGAAGCUUUCCACUAGAUGUUGGAACAUUGCUGCGCAAACUUGCUUCCAUUCAGCCGCGAGUAUUAGUGAGGUCAGGCUCUGAUUUUGGGCGAUUAGGCCUGGCUCGCAGUCGUUGUUCCAAUUUAUCACAAAGGUGUUCGACUGGGUUUAGGUCGGGCUCUUUGCUGGCCUGUCAAGUUCUUCCACACCGAUCUCGACAUACCAUUCUGUAUGGACCUUGCGUUGUGCCCGAGGGCAAUGGCUGAAACAGGAAAUGGCCUUCCCAAAACUGCUGCCACAAAGUUGGAAGCACAUAAUCAUUAGCAUUAAGAUUUCCCUUUGCUUUAACCCUAGCCCGAAACAUUAGAAGCAGCCCCAGAACAUUAUACCUCUUCCACCAAACUUUACAGUUGGCACUAUGCAUUGGGGCAGGUAGCGUUCUCCUGGCAUCCACCAAACACAGAUUCGUCCAUCGGACUUACAGAGGGUGAGGAGUUUAUCCAACAUUCAUCACUCCAGAGAACAAGUUUCCACUGCUCCAAGCUUUUUGUUUAAAUAUUUGUAUUUUAUUUAACAAGGCAAGUCAGUUAAGAACAAAUUCUUAUUUACAAUGACGGCCUAGGAACUACAAUGACAGCCCUGCCUUGUUGAACAACAGAUUUUUACCUUGUCAGCUCGGGGAUUCGAUCUAGCAACCUUUCGGUUACUGGUCCAACGCUCUAACCACUAGGCUCCCUGCCACCCCAACACUCCUGCCGGUGCUUGGCAUUGCACAUGGUGAUUUUGUAGGCUUGUAUGCGGCUGCUUUGCCAUGGAAACCCAUUUCACAAAGUUCCAGACGAACAGGCCGUUUGGCACUCGGUAGUGAGUGUUGCAACCGAGUACAGACGAUUUUUACGCACUACGCGCUUCAGCACUACUCCGGUCCCAUUCUGUGAGCUUGUGUGCCAUACCACUUCGCAGCUGAGCCGUUGUUGCUCCUAGACGUUUCCACUUCACAACAACAGCACUUACAGUUGACAGGGGCAGCUCUAGCAGGGCAGAAAUUUGACACACUGACUUGUUGGAAAGGUGGCGUCCUAUUACGAUGAAAGUCACAGAGCGUUGAAAGUCACUGAGCUCUUCAGUGAGGCCAUUCUUCUGCCAAAGUUUGUCCACAUACUUUUGUAUAUAUCAUGUAAGUGCAUCCUCUUUGUAUCGCCAAAUCCUGCAGUCAAAGAUCCCAACUCAGAUUUUUACACACACAGACGAGACCAUUUUAGGGAGUUUCAUUCAUUACAGGCCCAAUGCAGCUGUUUUUAUUUCAAUAUCAAAUAAUUUCUGGGUAACAAUUAAGUACCUUGUUGUAUGCAAUUAAAAUGGUCAAAAUUAAAUGAAAAUGGCUUUUUAGCAAAGAGCAAUUUCUCAAGCUACGUCUGAGUUGGGAGGUGAAAACUAGCUGUUAUUGGCAGAGAUGUUUGUAACUUUUUUUUAUUGGUCUAUUAACUAAUUUACCGCCUGGUGAUGUCACCAGGUAGAUCAAAACUCCAUCCCACCCAAAACAGGCAGAAAUUUCAGGCAGUGUUUUCAAACAGCUCUUACACUGAAAGGGCAUUAUCAUAUUUUUCACUAUUUCCCAGUAUUAUUCCAGCCUCGUAGUGUGGAAAUGUAUAUAAAAUACAGGAAAACACGUUUUUAACUUUCACGGGGCCUUUAACCUUUUAGUAAUUGCAUGCUUUUUAUCAUUGUGGACACAUAUUUUGUACAGUGAAAUUGUGUGGGUCAAAAAUUGAUUUUACAGUCUUUAAUAAGAACAGACAUGUCUGUCUGCAUUUGACACUUUUUAUAAGUGGAUAUCAGAAACUGGUUGUUGCAUCAGGGCCUGUAUUCAUAAAGUGUCUCAGAAUAGGUCUGAUGUAGGAUUUGUUUUGUCUUUAAGAACCUCAUGAAUAUGAAGACUUGGAUAGGAGGUUCCUGAUCCUAGAUCAGCAUCUUACUCCGAGACGCAUUUACAACGGAGUAUUGUAUGAGAAUAGAACCCUAUCCUUGUACUGUCACUAAUUUAAGUUAAUGGGUAUUGUUCAAGGCACAGCAUUUAAUAAGUAAGUAAUCAUGUUUGUAGAACACCAUCAUGAUAGCAAUGUUGACGAUACAUGAGGAUACUUGUCUUUCGAGAUGCGUUUACAAAAACGGUCAUGAGCUGUAAUGGUAAAGUAUAUAGUAGUAUACAGUUGUCAGUAGAGUCUUGCGGGAGAAAGCCUGUCUGUCGUCACUGUAAGCAGCAGAAAGUGGUACAGAAUGCGCCAUUAUAGUUGGAGUGGAAGCAAGGACUCGUAGAGGUGAAGGAAACCCUGAAGAAACGCAGCUUUACCCCCCGCGGUCCAGCUCUACUCCCUCAGGUCUACUGCUCCACUUUAUUUCCCUCCUUUUCUCGCUCUCUGUUUCUUUCUCCUUCACUCUCGUCCUCUGCUCUCCCUCUCUCAGCCUACAUACACGAGCCCUGAAUUCUCACACCCAGAGAGCGCGGCAUGGAGGAGGGCGUGUAUUCAGUGUGCUAUCUAUCCUGUCAUUAGCGGGGCUCGUUGUAUCACAUGACUACAACGAGGGCUAGUGGAAGAAGCCAGCUGCCCUUACCCAUGAUGACGUCUUGCCAAACAGCCAGCACACCAGCUUUUAUCCCCCAAGCGUUUGACCCCCGAUUCAACUGUAUAUGUUUGAUACGGACCUUCUCACCUUCUUUAUUGCAAUUUUGCGAUAUAUCAACAUACUGUUCUUAGAACAAAUAUUGGGAUUAAAAAGGGGAAUUCGUAUUAUAAGGGCAUAGUUAAAAUAAUACAGUUGAGUGUUUGAGUUUUGAACAAUCGUGUAAGCAACUGAAGAACAAGGAUGUAUUCUUGUAGUGGACAGAACAAGAGUCUCAUUAACUCACGAUUCUUAACUGACCAUACAGUAGAGGACACUUCGUUCACUUUUAGCUCACCUAUUUGUUAGCUUUAUUUGAUGUUUUGUGAGAUUGGAUCACAAAGACUUAUGUCACCAUUUUUAUGAAGAACAUGACUGUGAUUAUGCACUGGUGAUGUGACGUUAUAUACUGUAUAUUGUACAUAGAUACGACCUUUCAAUAUUAAUUUAAGUCGAUUUUAGGGUUAUUUAAAUAAAUAAAUAAAAAAAUAUAUAUAUAUAUACAGGGUUCAUAAUGUAGAGAAAUUUGAGAUUUAAAAAACUGUUAAGUGUUAUAAAAUCAAACUGGAAUUUCUCUCAACCACAAUCGUUAUUUGAUUACAUGUUUUACCGACUAAUUUUCAUUGUAUUAUUUGCUCCUAUUAAAACAUAAGAAGUGUG